AUGGACAUUGGGAUUGUCCUAAUAUCGAUGAGCGGAUUUGAACCAACAUGGCCUGUCAAGCCUGGUAGAAAACAACCAAAGCUCAACGCAAAGUGCUUCAAGUUCCCGAAAAUCGUCAAAAAAAACAUUGAAAAGGGAGCUUCCCUCUCCUGUGUUCCUAGAACACCUCAUCCGUGUGAAGACAAAGCUGGCUCGAUGGACAUCCUGGACGGAUCACUCGUUUUGACGGAAGAAAUCAACUCAAAGAGAGCAAAAUUCAACCUUGUCUGCGAUGACGGAACAGUGAAAGGCGAAGUCGUCUGUGUUAACAGAAAGGAGCAGGUCUAUUUCCAAGAGCCGGAAUGGAGCAAUCAAAUCACCUGGCAAGACUCCUGGAAAGGUAUUUGCAGAGAAUUCGCACCGCUGAGCAACUCAAUCACCGCUGGUCUCCAAACUUGCUCCGAAGCCGACAACUUCCCAGAACUUGCAUCAGCUGAAGGAAGAAUCGUCGGUGGAGCACCAGUCGCUGAGAAUGAAUGGCCUUGGAUCACUUACUUGAAAUUUGAGACAAACUCUGGUGAUGAGAGACUUUGCGGCGGUAGCGUGAUUGCCAAUAGAUGGGUCAUCAGCGCUGCUCAUUGCUGCAAAGAAGUUCAGAAAGUCGUCGGUCGAUUCGGAGAUUUGAAGGCGAUGGAAUCUGACAGCAACGAGUACGAGCUCGAAGCCAGCGCCUGGUUCAACCAUCCUGAGUACGGACUCAUGCAGGGCGAUUUCGACACUACAAACAACGAUGUCUGCCUCAUCAAAUUCGUCGACGACAUCAUCGCCAACGACCCAGAGAGCAAAGUUCAACCUGCUUGCCUUCCAGAAGCAGAUAAGCAACACGGCGCCGGCUGCUGGGCUGCGGGCUGGGGAUCUACAUUUUUCGGGGGUCCUGCCAGCCCGGAUCUGCACUCGGUUGGAGUUAAUGUCUUCAGCGCUGAAUAUUGUAUCGCAAAGUCCAUCUACUUUUUCCUCGAAGCCGACGACAUCUGCGCCUACACUCCAGAUCUCGACGGAAACGGACAGAUGGAUGGUGGUGCCGCCGCAUGCAAUGGGGAUUCCGGCGGACCUCUCAUUUGCCCGACCAAUGGAAAAGCAACUCUGAUCGGUCUCGUUUCAAGAGGAAUCGGUUGCGCCUGGGCAGGAUUUCCGAAUAAGUACACUUCGACCUUCGUUACUUCUAGUUGGAUCCAAGAAACCGUCGCUGCUAACGGACUUUAA